GUGAUUCUCGUUUAAUUUUUUGAAUAUUGCGAGGGAUCGUUAUAGAGAGGGAGGGUCCCUUAUAUAUAUUUUUUCAUAAUAAAGUGAAGGAAAUAUGAAUCGUGGAAACGUACAAUUUUUACUUUUACCCGUGUCAAUCGUUAUCGCGUUAUCUGUUAACGUUAACGGAUCAAAAAUAAAUGUCCGGCCUUCGUUAACGGAUGGAGAUGAUGGAAAGAAAAUGGACAAUUUUUUAUACGUUGUUAACAACACGAGAGGUCAACCGUGCAUUUUGGCAAAUAUGUCAAUUAAUUUCAUGAUACCGUAUGAAAAGAAAAAUACAAAUUUCAAUGUUCCAAAUAAUGCUACGGUACAAGGCCAUUGUUCAUCUAUAGUAUCCGAAAUGACAUUGAGCUGGAAAGAAGGAAAAAGUGAUAAAGAUAACACGAUUAAAUUUACGUUCAUCAAUGAUCACACCAAUUUCACGGUUUUUUCAAUCGAGCUUAAUAUUUAUAAGGACAAAGAAAAAUUUCCAAAUGAUGGAGAUAAAUGGUUUGUAGCAAAAUCGGAUUUGGACCUCCACUUAUUCCCUGCAUUCUCGAAGAAUGGAAUUCACAAGUGUGACGAAGAAAAAAAAGUGAAAUUGAAUGGUACUGAAUUAAUUGUGACAAACGUUUCUUUGAUUGCAUUCAAUAACGAUAUUUCCUCGCGUAAAGAAGUGACAAACUGCAUAAAUCCCGAAAAAGACGGGGCCAAUAAUAAAACUUUCCCUUACAUCGCAAAAUGGAAGAAUAACACAAUUUGUGGAUUGUUAAGAAUGUCAGUUACCGUACAGAUGUCGUAUAUGACAAAGGAUUUGAAGAUGAAAAAUGUAAAUAUAACAGUUCCAACCAGGACUAAUGUCAUAGAAUCUUGCACAACUGACACAUUUGACAUAGAAUUAGUUUGGAGCUCGAAAGAUGAGCCGAAUAAAAAUUCAAUUAUAUUUCAUUUUUCCAAAAUAGAGAAAAAUUUGCUUCGCUACGUAAUAAUUAACAUUUUUAUGGAUAAAGAAAAUUUUCCGAAUGCUACAAAUACAGGUAAAAAUACAUCAGCUAUGAAAUUUGCUAAUUUGUUCCCCACACCCGUAAAUGGAAUUUAUAGUUGCACGGAAGAAAUCGCAAUAGCGACAGGAAACGACAUUAACGUUACAAUAAGCGAUACUCUGUUGAUCCCAUACGAUGUGGAAAAUAAUUUAGUGUCGAAAAAGGUGGCUGAUUGUAAAAUUAAUAUUUCCGAAUUUGACUUUAAUUACAUUGUACGAAACGAAGAAGAAAUACCUUGCAUUUUGGCGAACAUGAACAUAUCAAUUGAUACGAGUAAUUCGAAAAAUAAGAAUAAAGAUGCGAUAAUAGUUCCACUCGAAGCUAAGGUAAAUGGCAGUUGCGACACUAAGAGGUCUCAAAUGGAACUGAUGUGGACAAAAUCGAAAGAAGAGAAUUUGAUGAAUAAUAUUAUAUUUUAUAUCGCUCGUAAUAAAACUGAUUUCUUUGUUUAUCAAAUAGAGGUCAAUAUUUACGCGGAUAAGAUACACAAAAUGUCAGACUUUGGUCUCGAUUUAUUUUCAACGUCCGGAAUUUACAAUUGCACCGAUCAGAAUUGGCAGAUAAAGCUGGACGAUAUCGUGAUCGACAUAAACAACGUCCUUUUCACCGCAUUCAAUACCGAUGAAAAUUUGAAUUCGAAAACAGUGACAGACUGUUCGAGAAGUCAAGAUUCCACCACAUCGCCGAUCGUAUCGAGCACAACUGAAACGACAACCGACCAAUCAUCGACUACGCCCGAACCUGAUCCUUACGUGAACGAGUAUAAUUACGUUGUGAUAAACGAGAAAACGCACGUGGCUUGUAUCGCAGCGAACAUGACAAUUUUUAUGAAAAUACCUUACGUGACGAAGCAAUCCAAAACGAACGAAACGAUUUUAACGAUACCGGCGAGUAGCACGGUAACCGGAAAUUGCGGGAGCACAAAUUCGACGAUGGAAUUAACUUGGUUUGAAAAGUCAGAAUCGUAUAACGUGUACAAGAACGAGAAAAAUAACUCGUUUAAGAUCAAUUUUCAAAAAGACGAAUCAAAUUAUUUGCUCCAUUCGAUCGAGUUGAACAUUUACAUGGAUAAAACAAAUUUUCCCAAUUCUAAUGAGGAGAGAUACACCGCUGUCGAAAAUAUCGAUAUGAUUUCCGCUCCUUUGAACAACCUCUACAAAUGCGGUGACAAUACCUCUGUAAAAGUGAAAAACGUCGACGUGACCGUCGCUAACGUUACACUGAUCGCGUUCAACACCGAGAACAAGAUCGCUACGAAGUCGGUAAUGUGUAUUCAGGAUACAAGUCCUAACAUUGGAUUAAUAAUAGGAUGUACCAUCGGAGCUAUUAUGAUCCUCGGUAUAUCUGCGUUGUUGAUGUAUCUAUAUUUCAGCGAAUGUCUCUCAUGUUCUAUUUUUUCGAGGUCACGAUAAUAUGAGUCGUUUUUUUUUUUUUUUUUUUUUUUGAAAAUGACAUAAGUCCAUUUUUGGAAAAAAUGAGUUAAUUGGAAGUUUUUAAUAUAGAUAUCCUCUUUUUAUAUAUUUAUAAUCGUACACAGUGAAUGGUGUACAAAAUAUCCUCAUAAAUUGAUAAAAAAAAAAAAAAGAAAAGUUGAACCGUAAAAUGUUAAGUAAGUAUUUUUGUUGAAACUGGAAUAAGUCUAAUUCGUAAUAAUGAUGAGAUCGAGAAAUAAGAUUGAAAUAUGAAUAAGUCUAUCGUUAUUAACUAUUUUAAUAUUUUGUUUAUUUAUACAAAUUCGUUAUAACAUAUAUAUAUAUAUAUAAAUGAAAUUAUUUUUUAAUAAACUCGAUUACCGAAUGCCGUUUACUUACGUUAGAAGUUUUUAUUUUUUUUACAUUAAAAAAAUACAUUUCGAUAAAAGCAAAUUAAGAUAUAAAUUAAAAAAUUAUCUAAUUUAUAUUCUUCAUAAUAUGCUAUUAUCGAAAGUGGUAAAUAAAUCGUAUUUGUUCUAAAAAACUCGCUUAUUUUCUUUAACACUUUUUAUUACAAUUAUUAUUACUCAAUAAAAUUUAACAAGUUUAUAGUUCAAAUCCUUAAAUAUCUCAACGUACGAAUAAAUAAACUUAUAUCAUUUUCAAGAA